AGCGUAAACCAAAUAUUACUGGUGACAAUGGAAUGUGGAAUAUGUGCCAAAUGCUCAAAAGACGUUUUGCCGGGUGAUAGUCCCGUAUUUUGCAAGGGUGAAUGCAACUGUAUAUUUCAUCGACGUUGCACUACCCUGAAAGUUUCAACUUUCAAGGUGCUGAGUGAUAACCCUAAUUUGUUUUUUAGAUGUGAUGCGUGUAACACCAUCGACAUGAGCAAUACAGGCAUAAUAGUUAAUAGGAACAGUAUUGAUGAUAAUAUUAGUAACUUGAUUAGAAAGUGUAUGCAAGAAUUGGAAGCUAAUGUUAGUGAGAGGCUAAAUAAAGGAUUGGACGAAAUUAGGGCACAUUUACACAAUGCAGACAAGUCGCUUGUAUGCAAUUGCCAUACAAGUUCGCGUGAGAUAGAACACAUUGACGAGCCUUACGGGGGUCCUGAAAAUGACGUGCCUUAAUUAAUGCAUAACAACCAUUCUUGCAAUCUGGUUGAGGACAAGAAGAAUGUAACCGAAGAUGAAAUGACUUGGUCUAAAGUGGUCAGAAAAAAUAAGACAAUGAUGCCAAAACAUAAUGAUCAUGCCUUAGAAAAUAAAAUUGACUCAGGUGAACACCGUGAACACAAUGCACUCAACAAUAUAUGUGAUAUCGAUACUGUAGAAUUAAAUAAAAGAAUAAAAAACCAAUUUGUAAUCAUUCCUCAUAAAAUUCAAUCAUGCAAUGUAACCAGAGCAUAUUUGCGAGCCAAAUUGGACCCUGUUAAGUACAACCUCUCAGAUUUCCGAAAUGGUACUGGGGGUCAAAUUAUGGUACAAUGUCCACUAAAUACUAACAAAGAAAAAUUACGUAAAGACAUUGAAGCAGAUCUCGGAGCGGAAUAUUCAACAUCUAAUCCUUUGAUUAGAAUGAAAGUAAUGGGCAUGACUGAAAAUUACUCUGAUGAAGAAAUUAUCAACUUUUUAAAAAAGCAGAAUUCUAUUAUACCAUGGUUACAAAUCAAAAUUGCUGGCAGGUACGAAAAUAAAAAUUUGAAGUAUGAAAAGUUUAAUGUUUUUAUUGAUGUAGAUGAAAAAUCAUUCACUAUGCUAAAUACCCUAAAAACUAUACGUAUUGGGUUUGCUGAUUGUCGUCUGGUCCGUUCUAUAAGAAUAUUACGGUGCUUCAAAUGCUCACAAUAUGGACACACCAAAACAUUUUGCAAAAAUGAAGAAACAUGUUCAAAAUGUGGUGAAAACCACCUAACCGCAACGUGCAAAUCAUUAUGCUUCAGGUGUAUAAAUUGUGAAAAUGAAAAUCUAAAAAAUAAUGCCAUGCUAGAUACAAACCAUGCAGCCAAUAGUAAAUGGUGUCCAAUAUAUAAAAAAGAAUUAGAAAAAAAUGUCCAAACUUGUACAAUAGCAAUCAAAGAAUAG